AUGGCUAUUUGGAUCAAAUACAGUUCUUGUGUAAACUUAAAACCACAAGAAAAUCAUCAAGAAUCACAACGACACAUCAAUGGCCAGCCCCUGCACGAGGAAGAUUCGAUGUUGCGUGUAUUAUUCUCGCUGUAUAAGUUUUACUUCCUUGGUAACUUAACUGAUGGGUCGAUGUUCACAACAAGACCGGUGAAAAUCAGCAGCAAAGAGACUUGCAUCCCUAUCACCAUUUCAUUGGUUGAUGAUCAUGAUGAAGAAUUUAAAGAGAUCUUGACAGUGAUGGGAGUCCCUGGAAGGAAGCAAUCGAAGAUCCUAAGAAAGAUGGCAUCGGUUGCCCGUAGCAAGGGUACUUGCAGUGGCGUCUUCAUGGAUGUUGAAUUAUUGGUGGGGACCUACCAGGAAAUUACAGGGGCUGAUAUUGCUGGAGCUGAGAGGGAGUCAAUGGAUGUUGAAGCUGGACAAAUCCCGGCCACCAAGUCCUCUAUUGAUGCAUUGGAAAGAGUGGUUUUCGUUGGGGGUUGA